UGACUGUAGUUUCCUGUCCAAAUAGCUGCAGCACAGAAGUCUGAGACAAGUAUAGUGGGAGUAAAGAGAGAGGAGAGACCGACACAGGUCGGAUACUGCUGCUCAUUUUAGAGUUUAAACAAAGUUGGGACAGUGGUGUAGCCUACUUGGACUUUGUUAGCAGAAACGCAACAGAAAGUGAGUAAGCCCUACACUGCAGACAAAGCGAGCUGCCUGCAGAGACACACAAAACUUCCCAACAUCUGGUCUGCUGGAAGACGGGGCGAGCCGGAGAGAGAAACUUUGGAGGCGGAGAGAAUCUAUCUCCACUGGAGAAAAAUGCAUUGAAUUGGGAGGUUUGGGGGGACCUACAUGAGCCGAAACGAGAUUUGGUGGUCGUGUAAGGUGACAAGAGUGGAAGGAAAAAGGACGGGAAAGGUCUCGGAGGGCGAGAAGUCCACCUGGAGCGGUCAGAGAAUGAAUUAGCCGAAGGUUUGGCUGCACCGCGUUCCAGCCAAAGAGAAGGCUCACUCCUUGGCCCCUCCACCUCCUCCCACAAGAGCCAGGCCUACGCCCAUGGAUGAGGAGAGGAGUGCCCCUGUCAUCUCCCCAGAGCCACCUGAUGAGGUGGACCCCAGCGUACCAGCUCCACAACCCAGUUCACACGCAACCUUGACCGAAGAGAGCACAAACAGCUGUCCGAACCCAAAGCCCUGUCCUAGUCCAGAUGUGGCCCACACCUAUACUGAGCCCCUCAUAUUGAGGUUAAAUGACAUCCCAGAAAGGUUGCGAGAUGAUGGUGAAGACAAGUGGAGCAGCAGCCUCUCACACUCAGUGCUUACAACACCCAGCAAGAGUAUCACAUCUCAACCAGCAGCCAGAUCCACACCCAUCCACCACACCCAGCCAUGUCGGACACAGCCCAGCAGCCAACUACGCAACGGAGCCAAGCACCACGCACAUACACACUCCCCUCACACGCACUGUCCGCAUCACACACACGCCCUCCAGUCCAACGGGGUCAGGAACGGGGGCCCUCAUGGGCAUCCUAAGCUGGGCUCCCUCCCGAGAGGUGGAUCAUCCACCUCCUCAUCCUCUUCAGCAGGACCCAAACAGACCAAGAAGUUGCAGUCCAACUCCUCCAUCACCUCCCAGAGCAGCAAGAGGAGCAAGAGCAGCUCCAAGAGUAACAGCUCUCAGAUUCCUACGGAGGCACAGGACGACUGCUGUGUUCACUGUAUUCUGGCCUGCCUAUUUUGUGAGUUCCUAACUCUGUGUAACAUCAUGCUGGACUGUGCCACCUGCGGCUCCUGCGCGGGUGACGACUCGUGUUUCUGCUGCUGCUGUGCGUCGGAGGAGUGUGGCGACUGUGACCUGCCCUGUGACAUGGACUGUGGCAUCAUCGACGCCUGUUGUGAGUCUGCAGACUGCCUGGAGAUUUGCAUGGAGUGCUGCAGCCUUUGCUUUUCCUCCUGAGGGCCCGACCACCACCAAAGUAGAUGUUGGCUACACACUCCUACAACAGGAACAACUUCAAACAGUGUUUUUUUAGGGCUGAGAAGCGCUACACCUUUUGUCUUCGUUGCCUGGUCUUUAUGGUUUACGUUAUAUUGGCUGGCGUAGUUGGCUCCACUAUGUGUCCAUUGUUUCUUACAAGGUUUGCCAAGAAAAAGAUGCUGAGAGCAGUCACUGGUGAAUUCUUCCUCUUCCUUUAUUGAUCGAUGGGAACGGAGCUUCCCUGCCUUGUCUUUGCUGUUGGUCCAUUGCUUCACAGCUGGAUGUAUGGUGCAGAGUGAGUUCCAGCAGUGGUCCACGAGUGUCUGCCAGGCCGUGCAGAGCUAUUACUACAAUGGAGCCCCUUGUGCCGUCUAAAUACUGGAGUUCCCCAAGCAUGAAAAAUGACCUCCAAAGGCAAAUGAGAAAAUGGCUCUAUUUAACCGGAUUUAGUGUUUCUGUAGAUAAGAGCAGCAGCAUAAUGGGAAAAUGGAUGCUCAGAUCUUAGUAGAAAUGUAGUGUCCUCCUGUCCUUGGCAAGGUUAAAAUCUUCCAGUUUGAUACAGUGGCCUUUGUGACACACAUACACACACACACCACACACACACACACACUCACACACAAUAGAGAAAACAUUAAUGGUGGCUUGUGGCAAUAUUACAGACAAAUUUCUUUUGUUAAUAUGCAUCUCACUUAUCAGACUUAUUCAGAGAAGAAUCAUGAGAGUGCCAUGCAUCAGCCUGAAGAUGGGUCCAUUAAAUGGGUCCUGUAAGUGACGGACAUCAGAGCAAAUGGUUGACAGCAUCGGCCGUGGACACAUUCUCUACUCUAACAUGUGAAGGGAGAGAUUUCUUAAUCAAAGGUCUCUCCUCGUUUAAUGUUCCACAUCUUGUUUACUUUUACAUUGUUUUUUUUUGUGAGGGGCUUCGUCUGUAUUCAGUGAAUUCCUCCUCGUCUGAAUGGUCAGAGCUUGUAAAGGACUGGUGGAGGAUUGGAAGGCAUCAUCUCUUUUUUUAAAUGUUUCAUUAUUCUUUGUCGUUCUUGCGAUGUGAACAAAUGGCCUUGGCUUAGCUUCAGGCCUGAAUUUUCAUGGAGAUUCCUCGCCUUUACCAAAUCUCUAUUAAUCCUUGUUUUGUAGAUUUUAGUUAAGAUAUUUGCAUUUCUCCUGUAAUGUGAAAAUCACAUUUCUGUGUUAUUGGGUUUUGCCAGGCUCUCUGUAAAGCAGUAAUGCUCAACAUUUAAUUUAAAUCCUGAGUGAGAAUCUCACGACAUUAUGCUAAGUUAGAUCCAUAUGCUCGUAGUAUGAAUGGUACGCUUUUGAUAACACUCUGGUACGCUCAGAUGCAUACUUUCUCCAACCCAAUACCUCUUGAGAUGUACCCUAGAUCUGUUGUGCAUUUUAAAAUGACUUGAUACAAAUAUCUCUCCUCUCUGAUCAAAUACUGUUUGUGCAAUCCUUUUUUCUAGGAAAUACCAAGGAGUUUUCCUCUUACUGAACCUUAAUUUCGAGACCUACAAUUACUUGUACAGGUACAUUAAAUGGUCUUCACUAUGCUAAUGUGGCUGUGGUUUAUUAAACCCUAUUUUAAGGGCUGAAAUAUAACACUGUUGAAUAAGAAUAUACACUAAGGCUGUAAAUCAACCUGAUGACUCAUCAUGUCUGUUUAUAUAUCAGAAUGAAUGGGUUUUACAUUUUGACACGUUUCAAUUCAACUGAGAUAAAAUCCUGGAGAGCCCUGGAAAACAAUGCUAUUUUGUUACAGUACAAAGUGAUUUAUGAAGGGAGAACUGGAUCAUGUGUAAUAGACGUGAUUACAAUAUAAUUUUGUUUGGAUUUACAUCAUAAUCCAAGUGCAGAUUCAGACAAUGUUCUCUGAUGCCAGACCAACCUUGUCACAAAAUGAAUAGGGGUGGACCGUAGUCUAUAUCUGGGGCGUGUGAAGGCUAACCCAUAUGAGUUUGAAACCAAAAUAAAAACACUGGUUUGUUAACAACAUAGGUCAAUCAUUACAAAUAAUAAAAAAGAACC